AUGAGUAUUGAUACUCGAUCACUUAGGUGGUCGGUCAUGUGGGUAAUAUUGUUGAGAUCCAAUCAAAAUAAAUUCAAGAAAAGUUCCAAUCUGUUAAAAAUAAUGGCCAAGAUUUUACUUCAUGGGACUCUUCAUGCCACGAUCUAUGAAGUGGAUAGGCUGCACAAUGAAGGGGGUGGCCAUUUUUUACGCAAGAUGAUGGAGAACAUUGAGGAGACUGUUGGUUUUGGUAAAGGGACUCCUAAAAUUUACGCAACUAUUGAUUUAGAAAAGGCAAGAGUUGGCAGAACUAGAAUUAUUGAAAAUGAACCUAACAAACCGAGUUGGAAUGAGUCUUUUCACAUUUACUGUGCUCAUAUGGCUUCAAAUGUGAUAUUUACUGUUAAAGACGAUAAUCCUAUUGGUGCAACUUUAAUUGGAAGAGCUUAUGUACCAGUUGACGAACUCUUGGAAGGGGAGGAAGUGGAUAGGUGGGUUGAGAUAUUGGAUGAAGAUAAGAAUCCUAUACAUGAAGGUUCUAAGAUCCAUGUGAAGCUACAGUUUUUUGAUGUUUCUAGAGACCGUAGCUGGGGUCGUGGAAUUAAAAGUUCCAAGUAUCCUGGGGUUCCCUAUACUUUCUUUUCUCAAAGACCUGGAUGUCGGGUUUCUUUGUACCAAGAUGCUCAUGUGCCAGAAAAAUUUGUUCCACAAAUCCCCCUAUCUGGAGGGAAGUAUUACGAGCCCCACAGAUGCUGGGAAGAUGUUUUUGAUGCAAUCACUAAUGCUAAGCACUUCAUUUACAUCACCGGCUGGUCCGUAUAUACUGAAAUCACCUUGAUAAGGGAUUCUAGGAGGCAAAAACCAGGAGGUGAUAUUACUCUUGGCGAGAUACUUAAAAAUAAAGCAAGUGAAGGUGUUAAGGUUCUUAUGCUUAUUUGGGAUGACAGAACCUCUGUGGGUCUGCUAAAGAAAGAUGGCUUGAUGGCUACCCAUGAUGAAGAUACCGAACACUAUUUCCAAGGUACUGAUGUGCAUUGUGUCUUAUGCCCACGCAAUCCAGAUGAUGGUGGAAGCUUUGUUCAGGACUUACAAAUAUCCACCAUGUUCACUCAUCACCAGAAGAUUGUAGUGGUGGACAGUGAUUUGCCUAGUGCCGGAUCUGAGAAGAGGAGGAUUGUGAGUUUCGUGGGGGGUAUUGAUCUUUGCGAUGGAAGAUAUGAUACUCCAUUCCAUUCACUUUUCAGGACAUUGGAUACUGCACACCAUGAUGACUUUCAUCAGCCUAAUUAUACAGGUGCUGCAAUCACUAAAGGUGGGCCAAGGGAGCCUUGGCAUGAUAUUCAUUCCCGACUGGAAGGACCAAUUGCCUGGGAUGUUCUGUUUAAUUUUGAGCAGAGAUGGAAGAAACAAGGUGGGAAGGAUAUAUUACUUAACUUGAGAGAGCUCGAUGACAUUAUUAUUCCUCCAUCUCCAGUGACGUAUCCAGAUGACCAUGAGACAUGGAAUGUUCAGUUAUUCAGAUCUAUUGAUGGUGGGGCUGCCUUUGGAUUCCCGGAUGCGCCCGAGGAGGCAACAAGAGCAGGUCUUGUCAGUGGGAAGGACAAUAUAAUUGACCGAAGCAUUCAAGAUGCAUAUAUUCAUGCGAUACGUAGAGCAAAGAAUUUUAUAUAUAUUGAAAAUCAGUAUUUUCUGGGAAGUUGUUUUGGCUGGGAUUGUAAUGAUAUCAAGGUUGAGGACAUUGGAGCUCUGCAUCUUAUUCCUAAGGAACUUUCCUUGAAGAUUGUGAGUAAGAUUGAGGCUGGGGAAAGAUUCACUGUGUAUAUCGUGGUGCCAAUGUGGCCCGAAGGAAUUCCAGAGAGUGCAUCAGUUCAGGCUAUAUUAGAUUGGCAGAAGAGGACAAUGGAGAUGAUGUAUAAAGACAUCAUUCAGGCCCUUCAAGCUAAGGGCAUUGAGGAGGACCCUAGAAAUUACCUGACAUUCUUCUGCCUUGGAAAUCGGGAGGUGAAGAAGAGUGGUGAAUAUGAACCUUCAGAACAACCAGAGCCUGAUUCAGAUUAUCUAAAAGCUCAGGAGGCUCGACGUUUCAUGAUCUAUGUUCAUGCCAAGAUGAUGAUAGUUGAUGAUGAGUACAUAAUAGUUGGAUCGGCCAAUAUCAACCAAAGAUCUAUGGAUGGUACAAGGGAUUCUGAGAUAGCCAUGGGGGCAUACCAACCAUAUCAUUUGGCAAUCAGGCAACCAGCCAGGGGUCAGGUACACGGUUUCCGGAUGGCACUAUGGUAUGAACACCUCGGCAUGCUCGAUGAAACUUUCCUCCGCCCAGAAAGUGAGGAAUGUGUUAGUAAGGUAAACCAGAUUGCUGAAAAAUAUUGGGAUCUAUAUGCAAGUGAAAAUCUUGAAAGGGACCUGCCUGGUCACUUGCUCCGCUACCCCAUUGAGAUUGCUAGUGAAGGAGAAGUCACCGAGUUGCCAGGAAUGGAGUUCUUCCCUGACACCAAGGCUCGCAUUCUUGGUGCUAAAUCCGACUACCUCCCUCCCAUCCUUACUACUUAA